AUGGGUUAUGAUUUAAAGCUCAUCAGUUGCUCGGCCAACGAGGAACUUGCCAAUAACAUCUCCAAAUACCUGGAUAUCAAGAUUUGUAAAUCAAAGACCGUGAAAUUUGCAGACGGAGAAUGUUUUGUUCAAGUAAAUGAAAAUGUUCGUGGAAGCGACACAUUUAUUGUGCAAUCCAUGUCAGAUCCAGUCAAUGAUAACUUUAUGGAAAUGUUAUUAAUGAUUGAUGCACUUAAACGAGCUAGUGUAAACAGAAUCAAUGUCGUUAUUACAUAUUAUGCAUAUGCCAGACAAGACCGAAAGACUAAGAGUAGAGUUCCUAUUAGUGCCGCUCUAGUUGCUAAAUUAAUUGAAUCUGCAGGUGCGGACCAUGUGAUUUGUGUCGAUUUGCAUGCCGGUCAAAUUCAAGGGUAUUUUGCAAUUCCUGUGGACAAUAUUGGUGUGAGAAGCGUCAUUUUCCCUGCUCUUCUCAAGGAAGUGCCAGAUUUGUGGCAUAGAAAGAUUACAAUUGUAUCUCCAGAUGCUGGAGGUGGUUCAAGAGCUGAUAGUUUCUUGCAAUACCUUCUAUCCGAGUACCCUGAUCAGUUUGGUGACGCCCAAAUGGCUGUAAUGAACAAAUGGAAAAAAUUCAAAUCAUCUGAACAAGAAUGCUGGAAUGAUUUUAAGCAAAGCACAACCAGUGAAUCAAGCUCUUCUUCUAACACCAAUGGAACUGCCUCAAAUGAUGUUGCUGUAAACAGCUCAAACAUGCCCUGGAUAAUGGAAUUGGUCGGAGAGGUCAAAGGAAGGGAUUGUAUCAUUGUAGACGAUCUGGUAGAUACUGCAGGAACUCUCUGUUCCGCUGCUAAAUGCCUUAAAGAAAAUGGAGCCAGCAAAGUUUAUGCUUGCGUAACUCAUGCAUUAUUAACUGGUCCAGCAUUGAAGAGAAUUAAUGAAACAGCUGAAUUGGAUUUAUUGGUUGUUUCAAACUCUAUCAAUCACAAACAAGAGAUUAAGGAUAAUCCAAAAAUUCAUGUUGUUGACUUGGGCUCACUACUUGGGGAGACAAUUCGUAGAGUGCAUAACGACGAAUCUCUUGUAAGAAAGGAUUUCUUGAAUUAA